AUGUUUGCUACUCAACGUCUUCGAUCGAUCGCGGCUUCCCCUAUUUUGAAAAGACAACUUCACUCGAGCUCAUAUGUUAUGGCUUCCGAAAGCAAGCAAGGAUUAUUCAGUAAAUUAAAUCCAUGGGCUAGUAAAACAGAUACAACUGUGAGUGAAUCAGUGGCUACCCCUGUCAACAGCCCCGAAGAUGAUAAAGUGACAUUCAGAGUAGAUUAUGAAGAGGAAGAAAAAGAGAGCAUCAAACCUUGGUUGAAUGAAGCACAGUUAACAGAUAAAGCCGAAAUUGAAGCAAAAGUUAAAUCUGUUAUUUUAGAAAGAAUACAAGAAGCAACAGAAACAAAUUGGAAAGGUUUACCUUUCAAAACACUCACUGCUAAAUUUAAAGUCAUCAAGGAUGCGAUAAAAGAAACAGGCAUUGAUGUACCCAACUACAAAUUAAAUGAACUGAACACGACAGAUGAUAUUCUAUACUAUUUUACAGAAGAAAAGGAUAUUAUUUUGACAGCCAAAAAGCAACAAAACGAGACUAUAAAGGACUUCUUUGAAGAAAAUAGAGAAUCAUUACCAUCAAACAUGGUAUUCGUACCUAGAGAUUAA